GAACACCUAAAAUUAAAGUUAUCGGCGGAAAUGGAAUGGAUUCUAAUCUUUAUUAUUGGCUGCGUUGUGGGUUAUCUUAUAUCGCAGAAUACAUAGGAGCCGCUUUAGAAAAUUCUUUCAGCAAAAUUAUGAAGUCAGAACGAAGUGUACGUUUUGUAUGCUCUUAAAUAAGACAAAUUUUCCGUUAAUAUCUCGGGAAUUCAAGUUUCAUUAAAAUAUGCAGCGGUUUAUAACAUUCGUUGUUGGUGGCAUCGUUGGUUUCCUCAUCGCCAAGAAUACCCGCUAAACACAAUCAUGUCCUAUGUAAUAUGCUUUGGGAUGGGCAUGGUUUUUGGCAUGUUCGUAUGCCGCCGUUGUGAACCCUGAAUAGGAGGAACCCACGGAUAAAUUAAGACCUUUUAUCGAAAACCAGAUGUCCCGAGAACUAUAUUUAAAAUGAAUUUGGAAUAAAGAAAUUUGUCACAAUCAUACUGUAUUGUUGUUUACU